GUGCAGUAAAUCUGCGCUGCGGCAGUCUUGCGCAGAGCAGAGCGGCCCCUGGAGAUGCCUGGCUCCUCGGCCUGAGGAGCGGUCAGCGACGCGAUGGAGCGAGCAAGGGAUCGCUUACACCUGAGACGAACUACAGAACAGCACGUGCCAGAAGUGGAAGUCCAAGUCAAACGUAGAAGGACAGCCUCACUGAGCAAUCAAGAGUGUCAUUUGUACCCAAGGCGUUCUCAGCAGCAACAAGUACCUGUGGUGGAUUUUCAGGCGGAACUGAGACAGGCCUUCUUAGCUGAGACACCAAGAGGUGGUUAAAGCAAUACUGGAACAUCAAGCUAGCUGAUUUCAAGAGAAACAAACAAACAAAAAACCAGGCUCUGUCUACUAUUUAUGAAGCUUCUGCCCAGCUUGCAUUGUUUAUAAGAGAACCUUCAUCWUACCUUUAUCUGUACCAAGCCUUCCCUUAGGUAUUAAGGAUCCCCAGAUUUUAUUUUUGACAUCGGCUUUGGUGGAACAGCAAUCAUGACUGUGGGCAAGAGUAGCAAGAUGCUGCAGCACAUUGACUAUAGAAUGAGAUGUAUCUUGCAAGAUGGCCGAAUCUUCAUUGGCACCUUUAAGGCUUUUGACAAGCAUAUGAAUUUGAUCCUCUGUGAUUGUGAUGAGUUCAGGAAAAUCAAGCCAAAGAAUGCAAAGCAGCCAGAGCGUGAAGAAAAGCGGGUUUUAGGUCUGGUGUUGCUGCGUGGGGAGAACUUGGUAUCCAUGACUGUGGAGGG